AUGGAGCGCGCACCUGCUGCGGGCAAUGCCGCUGACGCCCAGAUCCCUUCGCAGCUUCGCCAAAGAAUGUUGAGUCGCGCAGCAACGUUUGCUGAAGGCACGCAGCCGUCUCCCACGCGCCUGCUGCGCCGUCGCAGCUCUGUGCUCUCCGAUCUGUCAGACACGCGACACUCAACCCGAUCCUCGACCGACAACCUUCUCAGAAACACCGAUGCGUUUGACAAGGUCACAUCGCUAGAAGAAGGCCCUCAUUGGCUGUCCAGCCCGGUCAUCUUCGCCAUCUUCCCUGCAGUCGCCGGGCUCCUCUAUCAGAAUGGCGCGGCAGUCCUGACCGAUUUCUUCACCCUGGCGCUGGCGGCCUGGCUUCUGCACUGGUGUUGCACGUGGCCGUGGACUUGGUAUCACUCCGCGCAGCAACGGCGCUACGUUGAUCCUGAGGAAGCCCUGUUUGAUGACACUCUUUACGAGGAAGAGGACGAAGAUAGUAUCAUCGAGUCGAAUGAAAAUCCAGAUCCGACUCGGAGUGACACGAAAGGGACAGGGCGUUUGGCUGAACCGACUGCCACCGCCGCACAGCUCGGAGCCAGCCAGGCGCUGAAGAGACAGGAACGCAUGGCGUUUGUGACUUGCUUUACUGCCCCACUCGUCGGCGCAUACCUCCUGCACAUCAUUCGUGGGCAGCUCAGGGUCGCAGAGGGCCUUGUGUCUGACUUCAAUCUCAACUUAUUCGUUAUGGUUGCAGAGGUCCGGCCCAUCAUGUGUCUCAUGAAGAUGCAGCAGGAGCGCAUGUUCCACUUACAGCGCAUCGUCAAGACCGACCCUCAAGACCUGAUCAAUCCUCACAACGCGCAGGCUAUAGUACAGCGACUGGCAACAUUGGAAGGUAGAUUGGACGACCCAGCGGCAAACAGCCAUCUCGAGUCGGCGCGAAUCGCGGCCGAGGUGCGAGACGGUCUUCAAACACAACUGGACUCGAUUGUUCGGGCAAUUCGCAAGUACGAGAAGAAGUCGGUUGCGCAAACAAUGCAGAUUGAGGCACGCUUCCAGGAAGUCGACGUACGUCUAAAGGAUACCUUGUCUCUGGCGGCAGCAGCGGCACGAACUGGCCAGCGCCCUGGCCUCAUAUCAAGUUUUCUCGGCUGGACCGUCAACACUGUCAACAGCGUCUUGCAGACCAUGUGGGAUAUGGCGCUGUAUCCUCUACGCACUGCCCUGGCCGUAGUGGUUGAGAUGAAGUCGUACCUGGUCAAGGACGAAGACCGGCAGUCGCGAAGACGAGUCAGGGGACAGACGAACGGGCACACAUCAAUGUCGACGUCUAGGAUGCAGUCGAAGGGUAUACGUUGA